AUGUCCUCAUCCCUCAAACCUCCCAGACCCGAACCCAUCACUGUAACCCCAAACGACGACCUAGAUGACAAGGAGAACCUCAGGGCUCUCUCGCGAUCGCCGCACCCAUACCUUCGUCACAAGUGGGAGCUUCUCGAGCCGUCGGACAGCAUCAUCUCCAGGGCCAGCUCGAUCCCAACCCAUACCCCUGAAGAUGCGCGCGACCAGCUCAUACCCUCACCAGCCUUUACAAAAGACUCCACGCCCAACACCGACAGUGGCACCGAGGCCGACGAUGAGAUCUUCGUGAAAAGACUGCCUGCGCCCAAGGCGCGACUACAUAAAGGACUCCGGGGCAGGCCCGAGCCGCCCUCCGGGCUGGCCACUCCUCUCCUGACCCCCUCGAUCUUGGAUGGAGACCUCGAUACAAGCAAGAGUAAGGAAAGGAGAGCGGAGGGUGAGAGGAGAUGUCGCGCAGAAAAGGCAAGGCGCCAGAAGGAACUCAUCCGGCGAGCGACUGAGGUUCUGAUCCUGUCGGGCCUGGGCAGGCUUGUCAUCUCCAAUCCGGAUGUGAGCCCCGUUGUCGCAUCGCAUCGCAAAGAACUGGUACUUUCGGGUGCAAUAUACGCUGCGCUGCUAGCGCUGUAUCCCUUGCGCGCAGCAGUGUGGGCCUACUCACGAGGAGAGCCAUUACGGAAGAGGUUACCUCUGAGUGUACCCUCAUCCUUCGAUCCCGCCUCACUCCUAUAUCCACCGAUUCUGCCGGUACUAGUUUCCCUCCUCACUGCUGCAAAUGUGAGGAAUGCGAUCCUGCCAAAUCUUGUGCUCGGCAUCGCCUCUUUGCCCAGGGCACUCGUCCCAACCACCACCGCUGCUGAGACCUUCAACCCUCUGCAAUGGCUGCUUGCAAGUCUGCCUCUCCUUUCGUCUGAGAGGAAUUCAGGAUGGUCAUCAUAUCAUGACCUUCACCUGACAUCGAUCCCUCGGGAGGCCUUAAUCCUGCUCUAUCCUUUACACCAGACACUGUGCCUCAUUCUUCAUCAUUUGACAACUACCAGUCUUCUGCCCGCAGAACUUCAACUCCUCUCGAUAUCUCUCAUCGACAUUCUUGUCCUUGCUAUCUCGCCACAAGCUGUGAUAUUACAGACCAUUCUCAAGAAACCUUCCAUUCUCACCUUAAUCUCGAGUCUGUUCUCUCUGAAGAGACUCAGACUCGAAUCAGGCUCGGAGACGGAAGACUCAGGUGGGGCAUCCGGAUGUACAACUGACGAGGAUGACAUCAAAAGAGCUUCCGUAACCCGACGCACGUCGAAUUUACACAAUGAGAGUGGCCUGGACGGAUCGCAAAGUUUGAAAAGGUCGGAGACAAUCUCCAUGUCACCUGGGAAAGAGUCGCCGGUCGACUCCUCUAAAGUUGCUGAUGGGUUUGCCUUUCAGCAGCCGUCCCGGCGGCAUACGCUUCCAUUUAUGGAUAAGAUCCUGAGCCGGUCCAAGACUCAUACCCCGUCAGGUCGGCGAAAGAGGUCCUCAUCUUUGACAGUGCGUGCAUUUUUCACUUUGACUCAGUCACAAGCCACGACGAGAAAGUGGUUGUAUGCUGGAUGGCUCUAUGUUGGCAUCGUCGCAAUCAUUCUGGGUGCUGUCCGAACGUAUGUCCAAUACUACUCACUGGACGGCAAUGAACCUAUUGGCUGGGCAUUAGGCUAUAUUUUUGGAGAUCUGCCGUGGUUCAGGUUUCAGGUCGUCCAGGCGAAUCUCGAAAGGUGGAUAUGCCUUCCAUCUCGCUCCCACGAUGACAAUAAGUCAUGCUCUCUGGGCUGGGUUCAGCAUCUUCGGGAUGCCUCGAUCGGUGAGGCAAACACCAGGCUGAUACUUGCCGCUUACUGGGUCGCUGUCAUCUCUAUCGGGUUGUUGGUGGUCUUCCGGCUGUCACCGUUCUAUGAAGUUGAUACUCGCCGCAAGGUCUUCCACUUCAUGAUGGUAGCGAUGUUUCUACCGGCGAUUUUCGUUGACCCGGCCUGGUGUGCGCUGGCACUUGCCAUCGUCCUCGCCAUAUUCCUAUUGCUCGAUCUGUUGCGCGCAAGCCAGCUUCCUCCCCUCUCCAAACCAAUCACAAAUUUCCUCCAUCCUUACACCGAUGGCAGGGACCACUGUGGACCAGUGGUUAUAUCUCAUAUCUUUCUUCUAAUUGGCUGCGCCAUCCCGCUGUGGCUCAGCCUCGCGUCCCUUGCUCGAGGGGGGAGUGGCUACCAAAAAGGCUGGGAAGUACCGACUCGAGACCUGAGCAUGGUCGCGGGAGUUGUCUGCGUGGGGCUUGGCGACGCGGCGGCCUCGCUCAUCGGCAGGCGUUACGGCCAUCACAAAUGGCUCUGGAAAGGGGGCAAGAGCCUAGAGGGAAGCGUGGCGUUUGCAGUGGCUGUUUUCUUCGGCCUUCUGGCGGCUAAUAUCUGGCUGAAGAUCGGCGGGUGGCCCAUGACGUCUCAACCCGAAGCUCAGGGAGCCCCGCAGGGCUUCGACGCGAUGCUGACCAGGCUGCUCGAGUGGGACUGGCCGACAGCGGUUCGCGAAACAGGCCUAUGUGCCACGACGGCCAGCCUGACAGAGGCGGUUCUCACAGGCGGCAAUGACAAUGUCGUCGUACCUGUUGUCCUUUGGACCUGCGUGAAGAGCACAGGAUUAUGA